AUGGGUCUUGGGGGGCGUUACGUGUGGCUGGUGGUGCUCAUUUUACCCCUUUUGCAAGAAGGUGGCCUCGAACGAAUCCCCUGGGCUGCUUUGGGUGACACUUCCAGCCUGGGCUCCCUCGCCGCAAAAGACACACGCGCUCUAGGGCCUCGUGCUUCUCAUCGUGGCCGUCGUAGGCCCGCCGGCCGAUCGGGCUUCUACAGCGUUAAUUCUGACCGUGGCGCCGCCGCAGAGAGUUCAGCAGAUACAGGCGUUGCUAAGGCGUCGACACCAGGAGGCAGCCACACGAAGGGGACGAGGAGACUGUUCCUCCAUUCUAGCCGCAGUGAAUCAACGGCAGAAAGCAGCGAGGAUGGCACUGCGAGCAGCUUAGAAGAUAACGGCCAGCGUACCAGCACCGGUGCUGGGGAUGCUGCAGGGAGCAGCAAGGCAGGGAAGAAGAAGGGACGGAAAGCACUGGGGAGCGGCUUAUCCAAAAAGAAAACCUCGAGAAAUGCGACGCUCGCUGAAGAAGAUGAUAGCGACGCAGAAGCAGCAAUCGAUGCAUCAGCAGUAGGGCAAACAGGACGGAGUGGAGAGGAUGCUGGUGCUGCGCAGCAAGCAGCUGCAACAACUGCACCAGGAAGAAAACGGAGUCGCCGCAGUCUCUUCAAAAGUCGACAGGGCGGCAGCGCAAAUACUGCCAGAGAUGGCCCCCCCCGUCGGCGGGCGUCAGGCCGAUUGCGUCUAUUUAAACAGUCAGUGAGCUCCUCAGUGCCUCAUGGGGAUGGCAAGGAGGCAGCAAAGAGGGCGAACAAAGGCGACACCUUGCUGAUGAAAGAGCCCAAACUCACCGCGAAGUCCAGCCUGGAUUACGAGGACGGCUUCCCCAGCGUCCUACCCCGGCCCCCACAUAGAGGAGGCACCACUCCUAGGCAUCCUCUGACAGGUUGCAUGCCUGUACAGGCGACGCCAGGCUUUGAGAGCUUUGCUACAGGGCUCCCGCAUCAAGGGGUGGGCUGCCGCCUACGUAUGCAAGCUGGGAGGCACCACCAACCUUCUCGACAGGAGCACCAGCAAAGCCACGAGGUGCAACAUCAGCUUCACCAGGUGCAGCAGGAGGAGACGCAAGAACAGCAGGAGCAGGCGGACUUGCCGAAGCUGCCCCAGCCACAGGAGCAGCACGAGGACCAGCAGCAGCAGGUGGAGCAGCAUGGGCACCAACAGGGACAGCAAGAGCAGCAACAGGAACAGCCACAGCAGCCGCAGGAACAGCAACAUCAACAGGACCGGCAAGGGGAGGAGCAACACCCGCAGCAGGAACAGCAGGGGGGCAGGAAUCACUAG